AUGGGAGGGGGACGGAAGGACGGGGGAGAGGAUGAGAACAAACCAGGCCCGAGGGCCUACCCCUCUCCCAGCAGGGUCAGCGGUCCCGACGAUGGAAGGGACCUGUUGCCUGACCGUGAAGUGCAGCUGUGCAGGUUGGUGGCCUGGGAGGCACCAUCCAUGGAUCUCCCCACCCCCUACCCAGGCUGUGGGGAAGAAGUGAGUGGGAGCGCAGAGCGGGUGAUGGAUAUUCAUGAGAGGGGGUGGGCCGAGCGCCGGGACCUGCUGCGCGCUUCCUUUGACGGCAACCCUUAUCCUGGCGUCGGGCUCAGAGAAGAGCUGGCCCCGGUGCAGGUGUGGUUUCAAAACGAGAGGAAGCGGCGAAGGCGCGCACCAGACCCGCUGGACUCAGAGCCGGUGGGGCCGGGCAACUGGCACCAGCGCACGCCCAUCUCGGGGCCACCCGAGAUCCUCCUGCGGGCCUUCGAGCGGAAUCGCUUCCCCGGCAUGGCGACCAGGGAAGAGCUGGCCAGAAGCACGGGCCUCCUCGAGGGCCAAAUCCAGAUCUGGUUCCAGAACCGCAGGGCCUGCCACCCGCAGCAGUAG